UCAGCAAUCUUGAGAAGCUCUGGGGAGGAGUCCAGCCCCUUCCAAAUCUCAAGAAGAUAAAUUUGGACUGCUCCACUAGGUUGAAAGAAAUCCCAAAUCUUUCAGAGGCUACUAAUCUCGAGACAUUGACACUGGUGGAAUGCACAAGUCUGGUGGAGCUUCCCUCCUCUAUUAGGAAUCUACACAAACUGGAAACGUUGAACAUGACGUGCUGCGAAAAGUUACGGGUUAUUCCCACCAACAUCAAUUUAGCAUCUCUUAAGAGAGUCAACAUGAGUGGUUGCUCGCGAUUGAGAACAUUUCCUGAUUUUUCAAGCAACAUGGAACUUCUUGAUGUACAUAACACAAUGAUAGAAGAUGUUCCUUCAACCAUUGCUGAAGGAUGGCUUCGUAGUUGCGAGUUAAAUAUAGGCAGCACACGCCUAAAGAGAUUAACACAUGUCCCAGAAUAUGUACGGAGGCUAGAUUUAAGCAACAGUGAUAUAAAGAAGAUUCCAGAUUGCGUCAUUGGUCUAUCUGAACUGCAGAUUCUCAGCAUCAAAAACUGCAGAAAGCUGGUGUUAGUGCAGGGUCUACCGCCUUCUCUUUUGUUUCUUCAUGCAGAUGAUUGUGUAUCGCUCAAAAGUGUCUGUUUCUCCUACUGCAAACCAAAUGUUGCUCUCGAUGACUGGAAGUGUGCUAAAUCAGAAGACGAGUUAAUGAGAAAAUUCACGUUCUACAACUGUUAUUCACUAGAGGAAGAAGCAAGAAGAGUAAUCAUACAAGGAUGGGAAAACAUGAGUGUAGGUUUACCAGGUAAAGAAGUCCCUUCUGAGUUCACUCACAAAGCCAAAGGAAACUCCAUAACUAUCAGUAUCUGUGACUGGACUUUCUCUGCUUCCUCAAGAUUUAAGGCUUGCCUCCUGUUUUCUCCGCCAGCCAAAUGGUUUCCUCACACGAUUAAUAUUGUUUGUCGUCUAAGAAGCAAAGGUGUUCUCAUCAAUGAAAUUUUGUUCUAUCCGAAUAAACGGCCUUGGUAUAAUUCAACGAAGAUUCCUUCUCAACUCCUAACAGAUCACCUCUUCAUAUUUGAUGAGAACUUGUUUGGAUUUGGAGGUGGCAGAGGCCUUGAAGUGGACUCGGAUAUACAAUUUGAAUUCAUCUGCAAAUACCAAAAUUCUAAGAUUAUUGAGUGCGGCGUACAGAUCUUGGGGGAGGAAGGUGAAAGUAGUAGUAGCAGCAGUGAAUGGAAAGAACAGAGUGAUGGAGCCGUUGAGGCCUCUAAAGAUGAAAAUCUCGUCAAAACCAGUAAGCAUACAGGUUGGCGGCGUGGGCUUAAGAAGCUUGUUCUGAUGAAGAAGAAGAAUAAAAAUAAGACGGAGUGAAACCUUUUGUAUAUGCUUUUGUAGUUAACUUCCAGUCAGCUGCAUGGAGAUCUCUUCUGAUACCCUAGAGGUACUCAAACUGACAUGGUUGAUUCCGUAACAGUAUACGGUGUACCUAAUAAAAAAAUGCAUGAUUAUGAUUGUGACAGAUGAAUUUCAUUCAGAAAUAGGAAAUGUAUGUUUUAUUGAUAAUUUGAUGUAGAAUGAGCUACGAACACAA